UUGCGUCUACUCAUGUUCUUAAGUCAUAUUAACUCCAUUUACAACAAAAAUGACUAUUAUAAGAGGAAAAUGCUGUCACAAUUAAACAGUGAUUGUUAUUUUAAUAGAUCUUAGACCAAUAAAUCAUGAAAAUUGGUUCCAAACUUCUCGUCGUAGUAGCAGUUUUUUCAAUGACCUUCGGAAUUAUUAGCAUUGUUUCAAAUACCUCAUCAAAGUUCAAAGCUCAUCAGUCAAGAAUCAAAGAUAACAACUUAGGGCUUCAACCACCGUUCGUGAUAAUCGUCUGCAAUAGUGGAAAAUCCGACCGAGAGGCAGCAUCAACCAAGACCAAGUAUGAAACUCAAAUUCGGCAAACCAAGGCUUUAAUAAAAUCCGCUGUAGUGCUCACUCGCUCACCUCCGAUCAGGUUCAUCGUCUUGGUGGAUGACGACUCGGUGCAGCCAGCUCUUGAUGAGUACGUAGCCCAGUGGCCAGAUAACGUUCGAAAUCGUAUAAUUUUGAGUUAUCGUUCAGUAUUCCAACCAGACGAAUGGCAUUUCAUCAAUCUGUAUGAAAAAUGUGCAACCGAAAAGUUAUUCCUGCCGUGGGCGUUGCCCGAGAUCGACUCCGUGAUUUACCUGGAUACUGAUUACGUGUUUCUGAGACCUCCAGACCAUCUAACUGAGCACUUCAAGCACUUUGAUGACAAGCAGGUGUUGGGAGUGACUCCUGUUGACGGCUAUUAUCUGCAGCACAUCACAGAGAUCCCGUACUACGGAAAGAAAGGUUUAAGCACAGCGCUCCUAUUGGCUAACCUCACGCGGUGGCGUAAUCUUCCCUUCGAUUGGCUGCCAACGGUCGUGAGUGUGACGGAAGCUUUCCAGUUUGCUAUUGCCACAGGAGAUCAAGACAUUUUUAACAUCGUCUUCAGUGAGGAAAUAUUUCUGGCAUGGGAGCGGCAUGACGUCAACGAUCCUGUGUCGGUAUUGCUCCGAUAUUUGACCGACGCUCUGCACGCUCGGGAGGACGAAGUUCGCAGGAUGAGAGGCAGUAAUAAAACGCAUCAGUUCUGCACUUAUAGUUCCCAGAAGCUUUUGAAACAAUUGUCUGACCAAGUUUGA